AACUCUAACUAAUCUUCUGAAUGUUUACAAAUUGUUGUGACGUAAAGCCAGUGUUUACCCACUCCUCGUGGAGCCUUUUACCCUAACAGAAGGCCGUCAAGGCGGGCGUUACUCGCAACCGGAAACUUUACGGCAGAGGGUCGUACUAUCACCAAUUUCUAACUUUGUUACACUCUGUGAGAAAUAUAUGCAGACUGCACUGUGACUACUUAGCACUUCUCUGUUAACCCUAGUCAUUCAAAGAAUUCUUUCGUGGUUUUUCUGAUUCUUAAAGUCAUUUUCAAAGUUCGGAUUCUUAGAAUCUCAUUUGCGAUUUGCGAUCCAUCACUGCGAGUGUGGAGUAAGCUGCAAUCGUCGACCCGAUUUAGCAACUCUGUAAUCAAGCGGGUGAAAAGCAAGCAAUACGGAUCAAUUUUAAAGACGUCUUUCAUAUUACCAACUGAAUGUUUUCUACCUGCGGUGAGUUGAAUACUCAGUCAAUAUGUUUAAAAGUUCACAUAAAAACGGAAGAACAUCGGAAAUAUCUGAGUUUGAACUCAACGGCAACGAAGUGAAGUUUUUGCCACUGAAGUCAAAAACGCCAUUGGGGAAUCAAGAUUCGAUGGACGAGGACGGGCAGGUCUAUGAGCCGAAGAUAUGGCAUAGCGGACAGUGCUGUCCAAGACGAACUGCUCUUGAGAAAAAACUCUUUUUCUUUCUCUUCGUUACCUUGAUAGCAUGUACUGUUUUGGUUCUGUUUCUGGCGAUCGAAAAAGGUUCAAAGAGAGAAAACAAUGAAAGCGGUUCACAUAUAUUUGGCCAAUCAAAGAACGACAAACCAUCAGUGUGCCUGACACCAGACUGCGUUGAAGUGGCCGCUAGUCUUAUUUCUAAAAUGGAUCCAACAGUUGACCCUUGCGUUAACUUCUACGAGUAUGCUUGCGGCGGCUGGAAAGAGAAGUCUGUUAUACCAGACGAAGAAGCUGGAUUAUUCAUUUUCACACAACUCUCCGACAGGUUGAAUAUUAUGUGUAAAGGAAUAAUUGAGAAGGAAAUUCUGGACACCGAUAUUGAAGCAGUGGUCAAAGCUAAAAACUUCUAUAAAUCAUGCAUGAACGAAGCUUUUGUUGUCCUGCCAAAAAGGUUAGCGGUAAAUCAACCUGUUCUAGGAAUCGAAGAUGAAGAAUACUAUAAAAGCAAUACCACAGGAAAGAUUACUGCAGCCUACAUAGACUUCAUGACGAGUAUGGCAACGCAGUUACGACCAGACCACGACAGAGCUGAAGCUUACAAAAGUAUGCUGGAAGUGUUCCAGUUUGAGCAACAACUAUAUGAGAUAAUACAAUGUAGACUGCACCGAACACCAAGCAAUUGCUAUUUAUUGUACUUGCAGAUUGACUGGCUUCGAUACCUUGAAGGUGUUUUUGAAGGAACAUCUGUGGAUCUAAAAGGAUAUGAUGAAUAUGUUGUUGUUUGGUCUGUUCCCUUUAUGAAGAAAAUAGGAGCUGUCCUUGAGAAGACGCCCAAAAGAGUAGUUGCCAAUUAUCUGAUGGCUAGACUAGUUAUGGACUUCACUCUUCAUCUCGGAGAAAACGAACGUGAAUUUUACCAGAAAUAUCUUCGAAUCACAAGAGGAGAAGAGAGGGAACCGUCACGGUGGAAGUUUUGUGUCGACAAAACAAACAAUUACAUUGGUGGCGCCUUCAGCUAUCCGUUUAUCGAGAAAUAUUUUGACGAAGAAAGCAAACGUGUUGCUGACGAAAUGAUUGCCGAUUUAAGAGACUCACUUGAGGAACUGAUAAACAACACUCACUGGAUGGAUGAUUACACAAAAGCAAAUGCAUUAGAAAAGGCGAAGUCAAUACGGCAGAUGGUUGGCUACGAUAAAGAUAUGGUUGAUGUUGAUAAAAUCAAUAAGUUAUACGAAAGGAUAUCCAUCGAUUCUGAGAACUACUUUGAAAAUAUAAUAGGCGCAUACGAAGAAAAUGCGUAUCAAAACAUGAUCAAUCUUCGAAAACCAAUCGACAAAUAUAAAUGGCCAGGAAAAACAGUUAUAAUUGUGAAUGCGUUUUAUGCACACACACGUAAUUUGAUUGUUUUUCCAGCUGGUAUCCUACAGUCACCGUUCUACUCCACGAAGUCUACGCAGUCGAUGAAUUAUGGAGGAAUAGGCGUAGUGAUUGGACAUGAGUUGACGCAUGGAUUCGAUAAUAGAGGUAGGCAGUUCAACCAGGACGGCAACCUUAAGGUGUGGUGGUCUAAUUCUUCGAUAAAGGCUUACAUAGAGAAAGCUGAAUGCUUCGUAGAGCAAUAUUCAAACUACACCGUAAAAACGGCUAGUAAGAAAAUACCAAUAGAUGGCCGGCAGACAUUAGGCGAAAACAUUGCUGAUAACGGUGGUUUAAAGGAAUCAUAUAUGGCUUACCGAAAAUGGGUUGAAAAAAACGGAGAAGAGGAACGGUUGCCUGGAUUGGAUCUUAGUCAUGACCAAAUUUUUUUCCUAAAUUUUGGGCAAAUCUGGUGCAGCAAAGCCAAAGAGGAGGAGAUCAUCCACCAGAUUAGUGUCGCAGAUCACGCAUACGCAGAUUAUAGAGUUAUUGGCAGUGUUUCUAACUCUGAGGCUUUCGCAAAAGCAUAUAACUGCCCGGUAGGAAGUCCUAUGAAUCCGAAGAAAAAGUGUGCUGUGUGGUGAAAGUGUUUUUACAGAAGUUGAAGCCAAAUCAACGUUAACUUGCCGUUCAUAUAAGGCCUGCGAAAACAGUGACACGUACGUCUAAUGGAUAGCAAGACAAACGCACUUGCGUGCACGAGUUGGUUGCACAUAUAACACUCUUUCUACCUUGAACGACAUGGCCCGGCUACGCAAAGUUAGUACGGUAGUGUACGCCUGUCAAUUUCGCACAAUAAACUCUUUCUGUAAAUAAUAUCAUGUAUUUUUUUUAACGAGGGUGCCACAAAUACUAACGUCUAUUAGAAUUACCUUAUUUGGCGCCAGAUUAGAAAAUAUUGAAAUAGAAGUAAACGUAUGUAGAAAUUGUAAGUUUCAGGAAUAUUGAAUGUAUACAUAUUCAUAAUCACACAUCCAGGGUCAAAUGUCAACUCGAAGGCGAAUAGAUUUGUUGGGUAUUUAUAGACCACGGGUCGUAGGUUGCUGUGAUUAGACAUAACCGUUAAUGAAAUUAUUUUCGUUAUAUAAUUUUAUUGUGUAUAUUUCGUCUGCUCUAUUGUAACGUUAGAUGUAUUUAUGUUGAAGAGAAAAUAGACUUGCAGUAUUAUUCUCCAAGUAGUAUCAGCGCUUCUACCGUAUUAGGUAGAUUAUAUUGGUAAUUGUUUCUAUUGUCGUAAAUGUUAUUUUGUAUUAAUUAUACAGUAUAUAAACUGGUAUACGAUUGAUAUUCGUAUUUUGGCAUUUUAAUAUUAAAUAUUUAAGAAAUA